GCAAUGCACCACCGUCACUACUUGUCCUUUAUCAUCUCAACACAUUGUUUCCUCACUAACAUAUUAAUUAAAGCAACUACAGAAUCAACUUUAGUUUAUAUACUUUACGGCUGCCAACUACUUAUAUUACACUCCAUUGCUCUCACUCUCAGAAAAACCAGUGUGGUAUCAAUUUCAACAUCCAAUGGAUUCAAGUGCUUACAUUCUUAGAGUCAGCAUUGCUUAUUUUUGUCUUCUCAUCCUAUUUUCCACUAUUUUUCCUUUGUCUGGUGCAACAAACAAAUUUUCAUCAUUUGAAUACUUAGACACCGAUUCAUAUGGUUCUCCAUCUUCUCAACCAUUACCACCUUUCAACUCACUUGCACCACAACCUUAUUCCUCUCUUCCAAACCCACCACCAAGUCCAAAAACCAUUAUUACAAUCUCACCACCACCAACACCACCUCCAAGCCCACCAAAACAUGUUCCAAGCCCACCUAAAACUGUUACAAGCCCACCUAAGGCUUAUCCACCACCACAACCCUCACCUCAUAAAAACUCACCACCACACUAUGCUAUUUGGUGUGUUGCAAAGCCAACAGUUCCUGAUCCUAUAAUACAAUUUGCAAUGGACUAUGCAUGUGGGUCUGGGGCAGAUUGCAAAUCGAUUCAGCCCAAUGGGCCAUGCUUUCAGCCCAACACUUUGUUGGCCCAUGCUUCUUUUGCUUUCAAUAGCUACUGGCAGAACACUAAGAUUGGUGGGGGCACUUGUGAUUUUGGUGGUACUGCUAUGCUUGUCAACGUUGAUCCAAGUUAUGACAAAUGCAACUUCAUGUCGACUUAGCUCAUUGCUUUCUAGUAUGAUACAUAGCAUUUGGAGACCUGCUAAAUAUUGAAAACCUCUCUUUCCAAAGUAAUUUUUGAUGUAACAAUAAAUUCCCUUGCUUAAUUAGAGAUGUUUUUUGGAUUUUUUUUUA